UCUGUUCGUUCCUUAACAGCCGGCUAUUUGAAAUAAAAAAUUGUCAGAUUCGAAAUAAAUUUUUAUAGUAUCACACGUAAUUAUUUGAUAUAACGUUUAAGAGUACACGUCGAUUCUAUUAGCUUUUCAAGACGAGCAUUAAUACCAAAUGGCAUUAGGUAUCAGCAAUGUUCCAGUCAAAAAGCAAUGUCCUUACAUGGAGAGAUGUUAUCGGAAAAAUCCGAUUCAUUUCAACGAGAUGUUACACCCACACCUGGAAAAAAUUGUUUUAAAUCAAUUGGAAGGUGAAAUACAUUUACCUGAAAACCUUGAGUUUGAAUGCUCUGAUCGGUCUCUGUUGAUCGACCAGCUGAAGAUCUUGCAAAUGGUGUUGAGAAAAGAAAGAAAUAAAGGUGGUAGUAGUUCUUCAGCCAGAGAACUGAACUCCAAAGUCAGCAACAUGAAUGCCACAGGGAAUAAUCAAAAUUUCAAAGACAAAGUAGAGAAACACAAGCAAGCGACAAUUCAGAAAAGGGAGGAAAAAUUAAAGACCAUGGAUCAAGAAGCAGAGGCACUUUUUAACUGUUCUAAGAGCAAAAUUGCUAAAAUGAAGUCAGAGGUGGAUGAUGUUAGAAGACUAUUUGAUGAAAGUAUGGAGGAAGAUUCUUGUCAAGACAGAAAGAGAGAAAGUGAAGGGUCCACUAGUCACAAUGAAAGUGAGAGGAAGAAGUCGAAAUCAAGUGACGUCAAAUACAAUGCAGAAGAUAAAUCUACUUGGAGUAGAAAUGAAACUGUGAAUUCUAUUCAAAAUUCUACUUCUUCAAAGAAGACAUCGAUAAUUGAAGCUUUCGAAUUGUGUAAUUCUACGAAGUCUAGGAAUGACAUGAGAGACAAGGCGCUCAAGAUGUUGAGGCAUCAGGGUUUCGAAGUGUCUUUGGUCGAACCAGGAAACUUUGCUAUGAAGCAUGCUCUUUCUGCACCUUAUCAUCUGUUUUUCACAAGAAUUCAGAAAUCGAAAGAGACCUACGAUCAAGAUUAUUCCAUAACAUUUCCUGAGAUAUUGGACAUUAGUUUAGGAGAAAUCGCCUGUAGCUUACAUAUUAAUUUCAUGGUAGACGUUGGAUGGUUAUGCUUGCAAUAUUUGUUGGCCGGGCAACGGACGGAUAUGUACAUCUUGUAUGGAGAUAGAGUGGACGAAGAGAAAUUGAGUUCGAACAUCACAAUGAUACCUGUAUCGAUGCCAACAAAAUUCGGUUGUCAUCAUUCUAAAAUCAUGAUACUAAAAUACAAGAAUGAUGGCAUACGAGUCGUAAUCUCCACCGCUAAUCUGUACGCGGACGAUUGGGAGAACAGGACCCAAGGACUCUGGAUUUCGCCGCAUCUCCCACCGUUAGCAGACUCUGCAAAUCCUGGAGAUGGGGAAUCUCCGACAGGCUUUAAAAAGGAUUUUGUACGUUACCUGAACAAAUACAGGCAGCCAGCUAUAACGGAAAUGGUGUCUGCUGUCAGAAGAGCUGAUUUCUCGGAUAUAAAUGUGUUCUUUUUGGCCUCCGUACCUGGGAGACACACAGGCUUGGAAUUAGAUUGUUGGGGACAUAAGAAAUUAGGUUCCGUUCUCUCGAAACAUGUUACACUUCCGCCAGACGCGCCGCGGUGGACAUUAGUCGCUCAGAGUUCCAGUAUCGGUAGCUUAGGCCCUAAUUACGAAAGUUGGCUACAAAAAGAAAUCACGUCCUCGAUGUCGAUGGAGUAUCCAACAAGCUUAAAAAGUCAGCCGCAUUUCCAGUUCAUUUAUCCGACUGUAAUUAAUUAUAAACAAAGCUUCGACUGUCGAGCCGGAUCCUGCUGUCUACCUUACGGUCUUCAAACGCAUUCGAAGCAAGAAUGGAUACAGAAAUACAUGUGCCAGUGGAAAGCUACGCGUACCGGAAGAAACAGAGCAAUGCCACAUAUAAAAUCUUACACGAGAUUAUCGCCAGAUCUGAAGAGAAUCCCUUGGUUCGUUCUAACCAGUGCGAACUUAAGUAAAGCCGCGUGGGGGACGGUCGGAAAGGACUCUCAUUACAUUAUGAAUUAUGAAGCAGGCGUUGUAUUUAUUCCAAAAUUCAUUAUCAAAAAGUCAACAUUCCCUAUUCAGGAAGAGGAAGAGGUUCCGGUCUUUCCCAUUCCAUACGAUCUACCUCUAACUCCGUACGAAAGCGGAGACAGACCAUUUGUUACUGAAUUUUUCUCUAGCUAAUAAUAAUCGAUCUGGGUUGAAAGAAUUAUAUUCGCGAUUAUGUCCGUUUAUAUUUUUAAAAUGUCAUAAAGUGCAACGUACUGUGUAUGUGAUUUUUUUUUACAAUAAAUGUUAGUUUUUGACAUGUAUAUUCCCGGAAGUAUUUUGAUUUAUUCUUGUACUAUUUAAAAUCGGCACGUACGGUGGCCCUUCGGUACUUCCGGUAGACCAAUAGAAACUUCAAGAUGCCUCGAAAUUCUCACGCGACGCGUGACUUAUUUUUCUAUUACAUCGAUUUCGUGGUCGGUUGCUCGCGAAUCACGCGUUUUCCAUAAAACAUCAGCAAGAAAGCGUUUCCUGGCCAGCACCUUCCCGAUGACUGUGUGUGUAUGUGUGGCGUCGCUUCGUAUCGUUCGCGCAUGCCGCGCCUUCAAACAACGUUUAACGAUCUUUUGCUUGUUCUUCUCCGUUGUAACAAUUACACAAACCAUGUACGUGUUUCGUAAAGUGAGCGAACAAACAAGAUUAGCAACUCUUUAUAUUAUUUAACGAAGAUAUGAAACAAUUUUAAAUAACUGUCCUUUAGAUCACAAGAGUUCGGAAACGCAUGGUGAUACUUAAACCGCAUAUUCUAUUUAUGUCACUAUUUAGUCAAGUAUGAAAAUGUUGUCAUUAUAUAAAAUUGUUAUACUCUGCAAUCUAAAUAAUUGGAUCAUAAAAAACAAAUUUGCACAGUGCAUACGAUAGAAAAAGUUAAUAAAAACUGGAUUACAACUAUUAUUAUUACGUUUAUUGCAGUUUUAAAUACUUUUUUGUUCCAUUAGACUGGUUUUCCAGAUAGUUUUUAAAGAAACUAUGUUUGCAAUCUAUCACACUUCUGAAUAUUACGCAAUAUCCCUUUAAACGAUCGAUUUCCAAUCGGAUGUACGUUUUUUCUAUCCAGGCAAAACGUCAUCCUACCAAAUAAGUCGAGAACGCAUCAAUAUU